CACACUGACCAGCAACAAGAUGUCUGACCGCGACCCAAGGAUCUUCCAGACGCCUGUGGCGGACUCGACGACGGUGUUCUCCAAGGACCUGUUCAAGGGCAAGGUGCUCUUCUGCACAGGUGGAGGCUCCGGUAUCUGCUAUGGCAUGGUGUUGCAGAUGAUGAAGCACGGUGCCAACGCCGCCAUCGUGGGGCGAAAGGUGGAGCGCCUGACGGCGGCUGCCAAGCAGCAGGAAAAGGACGCUGGCAAUGGCACGCGAUGCAUCGCCACGCCUGGAGAUGUCCGCAAGUACGCUGACCUCGAGGCAGCGGUCGCCAAGACGAUGGAGACAUUUGGCCGCAUCGACUAUGUCAUUUGUGGAGCAGCAGGCAACUUUAUGGCGCCCAUCGACGGUGUGUCGCCCAAUGGCUUCAUGACGGUGCAGCAGAUCGACCUGCAGGGAACAUACAACACCGUCAAGGCGACCAUCAACGAAGUCAAGCGUAAUCACGGCGUCUACACCCACGUUGGUGCCACGCUGCACUACACGGCCAUCCCCUGGCAGGCAGCCGCCUCGGCCGCUAAGGCGGGCAUCGACGCCCUGAGCCAGAGCAUCGCCGUCGAGUACGGGCCCUUUGGUGUGAGGAGCAACGUCAUUGCGCCGGGCAUGAUGAAGGGCACUGAGGGCGCCGACCGGCUGACGCCCAAGGGCGGCGAGGAGAUUGUCGAGUCGAGGAUCCCCCAGCAGAGGAUCGGUGACAUUCACGACUGCGCAAAUGCGGCCGUCUAUCUCUUUUCGCCUGCCGCGUCCUACGUCUCUGGUACCAAGCUCGUCGUCGACGGCGGAGCGCAGCACUUCCCUGGUCCAUGGCUCCCUUACCCUGACUCGCAGCUGGACCCGCAGGACCUCAAGGAGCUCAUUACUGGCUCCAAGCUCUGAUGAUUGUCUGGAAACUACUUCUCUGGUCCUGUCCGUUGCUCCAGCCUUUUGUUAUCCAUCCAUCCAUCCUGGGGGUUGCUUGCAUUACAAUGAC